AUGUCUUUUCUUUUUUUAAUAUAUGCCUAUAUAGUAGGGGGAUUGACAUUCUUGCCAUUGUGCUUGGUGUUAGGGUUUUACUUCCUUCGAUGGUACUUGCCCAAGAUUCCGGAAAUUAUGGAUGAUGAGGACAAAGUUGUCAGCUCGAAUAAUGACUCGUUGGCGGCGUUUUCGGACGAGAAGGCAAAGGAAGAAUAUGAGAAUAUCAAAGUCACAAAAAUUGAAGAGAAAUUGACUCGAGGGGUGAACGUUUAUCGAAGUGGCUGGUUAACUGUCACUACUGAGUACUAUGAGUUUCCUCAAAACUCAUCCAACGAAAAGAAUAAUGAACCAGAAAACAAUAAAUCAGCUUACACAACAUUAUAUAAGUUGGUUAAAAGGAAAACUAUAAAAGGUGGAAAUGGAAAUAAUGAAAAAGAUGAAGAAGAGGUUAAUGAUGAAAAUCCAGAAAAAGGCUCAACUUCGUCAUCCACAAAUCAAAAACGUCGGAAGAACAAGUAUUUUGCGGUCCUCAGACACGGAAAUCUAUUCUUGUAUAAAGAUGAAGAGCAAACUGAUGUUUUGCAUGUUAUUGUCUUGUCAAACCACGUUAUAUCACUUUGGCCUAGAGAUUUACCGGACGGUCAGCUUUUUAGCAAAAUGAGUGCAAUUUGUGUCUUGAAGAAACAUAUUUCUGCAUUCAGAAGUAACAGUAUUAAUAGUUUACUGAAUACUGAAUCAAAUUUACCUCCUGCUCCUCCUCCAAGAGACAGCGCUGCGUCAAUUGAUUACGAAUUACAAAAUAAAAAUGUUACAACCUUGGAUAUUCUUGAGAAUGGCGAAAUUCCUCCAAAGCAAUCGAUUUUUUACAUCUAUAGUGAUAAUAACUGUGAAAAGGAGGAUUGGUAUUUUGAUUUGCUUAAAUCCACAAAGAGAUCUGAGCCUAUUAGAACUGGGUCUGAGAAGGAUUUACUUGAAUCAUCUAUUUUCGCAGAAACAUUUCAUCCAAAGACCGCUGAUGUUAUUAGCUUAAUACAAAACUUACACUCGUCUGAAGGCCAAUUGAAUACCAGAUGGUUUAAUGCUAUUCUUGGAAGAAUUUUUUUAGCAUUGUACGGAACUGAGGAAUUUGAAAACUAUAUUAAAAAUAAGCUUUUACUGAAAUUACAAAAGAUCAAUAAACCAGGAUUUUUAGAAGAGUUCAAAAUUGAAAAAGUCAACAUGGGUAAAAGCGCUCCCUUGCUUUCUUCGCCAAAGCUAACUAAAUUGACUCCCGAAGGAGAUUUGGAUGUAGAGGCAUCAAUUUCUUACAAUGGCGGUAUAUCUUUCGAAGUCUCAACUAAAGUUAACAUCAACUUGGGAACAAGAUUCAAACCUAGAGAUAUUAGCAUCCUCUUGGCGGUCACUUUGAAGCUGUUGCAUGGUGAUAUUUUGCUUAAAAUUAAAAGACCCCCAACAGAAAGGAUAUGGUGGGGAUUUAAAACCAUGCCAUUUAUUGAUAUUGAAGUUGAACCAGUGGUUAGUGCAAGACAAAUCACUACGGGAAUGAUUACAAGAACGAUUGAAAAUAAAUUGAAAGAAUCUAUUGGGGAAUCGUUAGUUUUACCCUCAAUGGAUGAUAUUACCUUCUUCUCAACAAAAGGUGAAAUAUUUAGAGGUGGUAUUUGGGAUAAGUCUGGUAGACCUGAUAUUGACCGGGAAUCUUCAAUGGGACCGAGCCGAACUGAAGAAACUGUUGAUUUGGUGGAGAAUGAGAAAAGCACCACUUCAAAAAAACAAGGGGAUAACGCUAGUAGGAAACGUUCUCAAUCAAUACCCAGCUCAAUCACGUCAAACGUGUUGACUGAUGAAGAAAAUUAUCCUGAUGACGAGGCAGGAUCUAUGAAAUCCGUUAAUGACAUAAAGCCAUCAAGCACUUCUGCGUCUCUUUUCAGUUUUAAGAGGGAUAUAAAAGAAAAGGUUUCAUCUUCAUUUAAAAAAGAACCUUCUUCAGUGGUGCUUACUCCGAAAUUAAAUAAAUCAAAUUCUACAGUCAAGAUCUCUAAUGAUCAAUUUUUAUCCAAUGGUUCCUUUAUUGCUAAAGAAGAUGAAGAAGACAAGGAAUUGGGAAUUAAGGGCAAUGAAAAGGUUCUGGAUGAUUUUGCGAGGGAAAGCAGCAGCCCAAACUCCAAUCUUAUCGAUUUAUCUGAUGGGGAUUCUAAAUUUGUAUCAAACUCUUUCAAAAAGAUUGGGAAAUGGUAUUUCAAAGAAGGAGAAGAUUACAGUGAGAACAAUGAAAAAUUGAACAAUGAGGAGAGCUCAAUAAAACUUUCCCAAUAUAGGCCACCAGAAAUGAUCUCAUCAAGAAGGCAACCUAAAAAUAGUACUGGUAGUGGAGAAAGAGGAGAUUUAAUGCUGGAAUCCAAAGAUUUACCACCGGUGAAUUUUGAACAGGGAAAACGGAUUGGCUCUAUAGGUUCCAUCACUACCAUACCAGGAUCAUCACCAGGUAAUGGAAAUGAUACAGCGCCAAUUAGAAUUACACAACCGUAUGGAAAGAUCCCGGAAAUGACAAUACCUAUCACACACUCGCCUUCACAAUUUAUGGGUAAAACUAGUCCAGUUUUGAAUGAACACGCUCCCGCUCUUCCACCAAGAAAAAAUUCCAAACAGUCACAACCAUCUCGAAGACCACCACCAUCGCUAAUGGAAGAUGAUGAGGCAAAUAAAUAG